AUGGCGCCUGAAAGUUCUACUGCACACAUCUUUCUCGCUGCCUGCUUCUUUUUCUUGUCCAACUCCCACCAUGUUACUGCUGCCACCUCGCCGCCUCCAUCCUUCAGCUUCGACUUCUCAAACACCUCCAAGGACCAACUAGGAGAUCUCCGGUUCGAGGGAGACGCCGCUCUGAAUGGCAACCUGGUUGACCUCACCUGCAACGAUGAUUCCUUGUUCUGCCUGGGGCGGAUGUCAUACAACCACCCGGUGGCCUUGUACGACAACAACACGGGCGAGGUGGCCAGCUUCGCCACCACCUUCACCUUCGCCAUCAACAUAUUGCCCAACACAACCCAAAGGGGAGACGGUAUGACCUUCUUCCUCUCUGGCUACCCCUCAAGAUUACCGCCAGGCUCGUCCGGUAGCGUCUUUGGCCUGAGGAACUGGACCAAUACUAGCCCCUCCGGAGAAGACCGGUUCGUCGCCAUCGAGUUUGACCCGUUCAACAACGGGCAAUGGGAUUCCAUAUCAAACGACCACAUUGGCAUCGACCUCAACUCCCUGACCUCGAUUAGCUCAACGAGGUUGCCGGUCUACAGCCUCAACGGCACCAUGUCGGCGACCAUCACUUUUGACAACGCCACCCGGAUACUGGAGGCCAUACUAAACUUUGAUUACAAUAGUUCUCUUGCCCCCGUUAGUGUCAAGACACAGCUACCAGCUCAGCUCGAUGCGUUGCUCCCGCCUGUGGUGUCUGUGGGGUUCUCGGCGGGCACCGGUGGAUACUCUGAGCUGCAUCAGAUACACUCUUGGUCCUUCAACUCAACUAUGGCAGCCACGGAUACACCCACAAGAGAUAACGGAUUUCAUCCGAAUCAAGGCGAGGUGUUUGGCAUCAAAGGCAGCGGAUUCGAGCGCAACGCGCGACCCGCCGGAUUCGAGCACGACGUCGACUUCCUCCCCUGCGGCGACGAAGAGGGCGCGUUUGUGCGCGCCGAGCAGGGGCACUGGCGCAAGCUCGCGGCGAUGCGAUGGCCAUGGGCGGGGCCGGACUACUCGCUGAUCAACCAACAGAACCACGAGCUGCAAGAUGCCCUCACAGCGAGGGAUGAAGCGGUGGCGGAAGCAGCGAGGGAUAGGGCCCGGGACCUGGCGCGCAUCGCCACGUGGCGUUGGACGGCGUGCACGACCGGGGAUGACGAGCAGGACAACGCCGCGAGAGGCUGGAGUAGCGUGCUCCUCGGGCUGAGGCUUGAGCAGUUGAGCGCUAAAUCAGGUCGUCAGGGCCAAAAUUUGGUUAUUGGAGGAUUGGUGAUACUCGUGUUAGCCGUGUUGUUGGCAAUCUGGUCGACCUUUUCAUGGUGUAGGUUGAAACGCAUACGGAACUCCUUUGGCAAGGAUAGUCGGCUUAAACGAUACGAGUACAGCGACCUGUCCAUGGCAACAGACAGAUUCUCCGAAAAGAAGGAGAUCGGAAAGGGUGGCUUUGGCGUGGUCUACAGUGGGAGUCUCAAGAAGAAGGAUGUGGCUGUCAAGAAAAUCCUGAAGGACUCGAGAGGAGAAUUCAAGGACUUCCUUGCCGAGCUUGGUUCCAUUGACGGAACGGGCCACGUGAACUUGGUGAGGCUCGAAGGCUGGUGCUGCAGCGUUAACAAUUACAUGUUUUGGUGCUUGGGAAGGCAGCAUGUCGAGCUCUUUCUUGUGUAUGAACUCGUGCCAAAUGGAACACUACACCAGCACCUGUAUGAAAAGUCAGAAGUGUUGUCAUGGGAAAUGAGGUUCAAAAUUGUGAAGGGUUUAUGCAACGCCCUUCAUUAUCUCCACCACCAAUGUAGCCAAUACAUAUUGCAUAGAGAUAUCAAACCAGGCAACAUUCUACUCGAUAGUGAAUUCAACGCCAAGCUCGGUGACUUUGGUCUGUCUAGGGUCGCUGAGCACAACAACGUAACAUCAGUGCAGACGGAAGCAGCUGCUGGGACUAUGCGCUACAUGGAUCCACAGAGCAUGACAGAUGGACAGGCCAACUUACGCCGCAGCUCCGAUGUCUACAGCUUUGGAAUCGUCCUACUAGAGAUAGCACAUGGAAAGUAUAACCCGGGCCUCGUCCGACAUCUGCACAGGAAUCGACCAUAUACAUUCGUGGAGGAGAUUGCCGACGAGAAGCUUGCUGGACAAUUUGACAGGGUGCAGAUGGAGCGUGUUAUUGUCCUGGGUCUCCGAUGUUCUGAAGAAGUCGCGAGCAAACGACCUUCACUUGAUGCUGCAGCAAUGCAAUUCCUGGAGAGUGGUGGGGAGUUGCACGCUGCCACGAUCCAUAAAGAUGAACCCCAUCCUACUACGGCUCGUGCCUAG